GCAAAUAGAAUCAUCUAGUCUUCUUCAAAUCUUCACCAAUUCAUCCAUAUAUAUAUAAUCUAAACAUUACUCAUUUGUUUGUAUUUCUAAUUUAAGUCGACUGAAAAGAUAACACUAAGCAAAAAUCCCAGAACAAGCAAGAUACUAUUGCAGUUGGAUAAACAACACAUUAUUUUCCUUCAUUUAUAACCAAUGAGGCAUUCAGUAAAUCGUCCACCAACACCAGAUGCAGGGGAUGAACAAGAGAAAGAGCUUACAGUUCAAGAAAAAAUCAACAUAAAGUUGAUUGAGAGUGGAGAAAAGGAGAGAUUGAUGAAUCUUUUGAGGGAAAGGCUCAUUGAGUGUGGAUGGAAAGAUGAAAUGAAAGCCAUUUGCAGGGCGUUUAUAAAGAAGAAAGGAAGGAACAAUGUAACUGUGGAUGAUCUUGUACAUUUAAUCACUCCUAAAGGAAGAGCAACUGUCCCUGAUUCUGUGAAAGCAGAACUAUUGCAGCAAAUUUGGGCUUUUCUAAAUGCAACUGCAAUUUGAUACGAGGAACCGGUACAUCAGAGAAAAAAAAGAUGAGAAUCCAAGUACAAAUCUUCACGGAGGAAAGAUUUGAAAGAGUUCGGUGAGGAAGUCACUACUAUGUGAUUCUAGUACUUGACGUAUCUAGAUUAGUGACUGCAAUGCAACUUGCCCCCUUGUCCAUAUGGCUCAGGAUAUCCGUGGCAUAUGUUUCAUGUGUUAGAUUUGCUUGUAAUAGACUUGCAUCUUUUAAAUUCGAGUAUUUGUGCUUGUUUAUAUAAAAAGAACCAUGAUAAUGUGAUAUAAAGGAGAACACUCAUUGCUAAGUUGUGUUCGAAUCUUACAAUUCGGCUUGUUUGUUAGCUCUAUGUCACGGAUCGUCUUUCACACCCUGGAGCAUGGCUGGGCAAUAAGGGUUCGUCGGAGCAAACUGAUUUUCCACAGUAUUGCUCGUUAAGAUUAUUGUUUUGUUGUGUUGCAAUAGAACUUGAUUUCAUCAAGUUCCACUACAUAUCUGAAAUAGAACGUGUUUCUCUGCCAAGGUAUUCAAAUUCGUUUUCCUAACAAUAAUUUGUGCACCAAACUCACCUCGUCUUAAUUGUUAACCCAGGAUUACAAAGAUAGAUAGAGAUUAGGAAAGAUGAUGUAUCUCAUAUCUUGUUUUCUCUGUUUCUUAACAGAUGUUAUAUUGAAUAUAUUCGCUUUUAUACUAUUUAGAUAUUAACAUUGAUCA